AUGCUGAAUAGCAGUUUUAGGAUGGAGAGCUUGAUAAUCGUCUGCAUGAAGCUUCUCGACCUCUACCAUAUCUGGCCUCCCACCUCGUCCUUCAAUCUCGACAUCGGCAUCCCAAUCUCCCCAAUCCCAACCUCGGCGCCCCAAUCAGACAUGCACCACACAAUAUUUCACUCUGAUUCUCCGCCGAAGUUGUCGCCUCCGUCGAUUAGAAGGUGGAGACAAUCGAGACCCAUCAAACGAAGGAAAAGAGGGUCGAUGCCCGUGAAGAUUGAGUGCAAAUCGCCGCCGUCGUCCCUGCCUUCUUCAGCCUUGGAGGUGGACGAGAACUGGAAAGAUUCGAAGCCUCCACCUUCGACGACUCUUUCUCUUUGUCAUCUGCCGCCGACUCUAGAUUCGCCGCUACCAUGUCCUUCUUCCCCUUCCUAG